CAGGCUCACUAAUGGGUAGUCUCGCGGCCGAUCUCGUUUCCCGCCACUAGAUCGCAACUCUCGAGCAACUUUUUGGCGAAGUUCCCGGUUUUCAUUUUUUGAUACGCCUCGAUUUUCCUCGCGCUUUCGGGUCUCCGAUUUUUCAUGCCCCUGUCCGCUCCGUAGGUCGGUGACCAUGACCCUGUUGAGCCUUCAGUAUUGUUCAGUCAUCAGUGCAGUUAUUUUGACUUAUUCGGUUCUCGCAUUCGCUGAUCCUGAUCCGGAACCGGAAGCCUUUGCCCCGAUUGGAACAAGAAUUUUAGAGGCUGUUUCAGGUUUCUUGGGCUACGGGAAUCGAUAUCAGAGUUGUAACACUCCUUGUCCUCCCUGGCGAUGCGAAGAUGACUCAGCCAUAAUUCACGGAACCUGCUGUGGCUGCUCUAAUUGGUUAAAUCCAUACAGCUGGAGCAUCUCGUGCGUUAAUGAUCUCCAAUGUCCAAAUCCCUACACUUCGCCCCUGUGUUCAGAUUUUCAAUGGAUGCUUCGCUGCUGCUGUUCGUGAGGCUCACAAUAAGUUUCAACCCAGUAAAGUUGCCAUCAAGAAACUGCAACUGAAAUAAUUUCCACCCAAAGCCGUUUCCAAUAAGUAUUUUUGCUAGCUAUCCAAUGCCUUUGUAAACUUCAUUUUCACAAACCAUACACAAAAAUACUGUAAAAAUAUAAUAAUAUUUACCAAAUU